UUCGUUACAGACAAAGCACCAUCCGAAGCAACGUUUAAAGGUACAGAGUUCCUGUCCUAUGAUUUAGGACAAACAGGUGGCGAGCCCAUUGUUAGUGCUCAGGAUGCAAUUUCACUCUACUUCCGUACCAGACAACCCAACGGGUUGCUAUUUUAUACAGGUCAUGGAACCGACUAUUUGAAUCUGGCACUGCGCGACGGUGGUGUUUCUUUAACAAUGGGUCUGGCAAAUGGCAAACAGGAAAUGCAUAUCAAACCAGCUAGAGUGCGCUUUGACGAUCAUCAAUGGCACAAAGUUACUGUACACAGAAGAAUACAAGAGAUAUCAUCAAUCACCAGCUUUUGUCGGCUUGUGGCUGUUGUCGACGAUGUGUACACAGAUCAUUCACAUAUUGCUGGCAAAUUCACAAUGUUAUCAUCAUCACGAGUGUACGUGGGUGGCUCUGUCAAUCCAAGAGCAUUGCUGGGCGCCAGGGUGCAUAAUAAUUUCGUUGGAUGCUUACGAAAAGUUGAAUUUUCUGCUGACACUUUGCGAUUAAAUUUGAUUGAUUUAGCACGAACUGGUUCGAAAUUGAUACAAGUUGCUGGUCGUGUGGAUUAUACGUGUCCGACAGGUGAUCCACAAGAUCCGGUUACGUUCACAACAAAAGAUUCACAUUUGAUCCUUCCACCUUGGGAAACUACUGGCAAACAAAGUUUAAUGUCUUUCAAAUUCAGAACAAAUGAACCAAACGGAUUAAUAUUUCUAACAACUGGAACCAAACCACCAAAGUCGGAUUUAUUUGCUGUUGAAUUACUUAAUGGCCACAUCUAUAUUCAUGUUGAUCUUGGUUCUGGUGCUGUUAAAUUACGAGCAUCUAGACGACGGGUAGAUGAUGGUAGUUGGCAUGAAUUGACAUUAAGACGGAGCGGCAGAGAGGGUAAGGUGUCCGUAGACGGUCAAGGGAAUGAUUUUCGUACGCCAGGUGAUUCGACACAAUUAGAAUUGGAUGCUCCAAUUUAUAUUGGUGGCACCGGUGCCACAUAUGGCAGCGUUCAAUGGCCUCCUGCUAUAUGGACGGCGACAUUGCGACAAGGAUUUGUUGGCUGUUUACGGGAUCUGACCCUAAGCGGAAAACCAGUCGAUAUUGCUGCCUAUGCUCGUCAACAGGAUUCGGGAGCUGUAAAACCGUCAUGUCACAUACAAACAAAUCAGUGUGGUGGUGCGGUGCCUCCGUGCCAAAACAAUGGAAUUUGCAGUGAAGGUUGGAAUCGUCCGCUGUGCGAUUGUACAGCUACCUUGUAUAAUGGACCGACAUGUGGCCGAGAAUCAACCACAUUGGCGUUCAACGGAACGCAACACAUGACGAUUUGGCUGGGUGGCGCUCAGGGAAGUCGAACACAGACCGAAGAACUGGUUUUGAGGUUCAAAACAGCAAGGGCAGCUGGACUGCUUUUACUUACAAGUGCUGAAUCGGAAUCUCCGGAUCGGUUGGAAAUUUCAUUGGUUGCGGGCCGUGUAAGAGCCAGUGUUCGGCUGGGUGAUAGAGAAAAGAAUCUGCUAGCCGGUCAAGGCGUUUUAAACGACAAUAACUGGCACACGGUUCGCUUUUCACGUAGAGCGUCGAAUCUUCGUCUACAGGUUGACGGGGCAGCCCCCGUCAGGGCUGAAAUGAUCUUGGGACGGCAUAGUACAAUGGAUAUACGGUCCAUUCAUUUGGGAGGUCUUUUCCAUGCCGAAGAAGAAAUCCAAAUGACCUCAACAAUGGCUAAUUUCGUUGGACAAAUGCAAGGAUUUGUGUACAAUGGAAACAGAUUCAUUGAUUUGGUAAAAUCUCUUGGACCUGAAUUAGCAGCACUGUCAAUGACUACAUUUAAAUUGACGGCUCGGUUCGUCAAUUCGCCACCAGGCAAUCCGUAUCAUGCUUCAACGUUUAGGUCAAAGCAUUCGUACGUUGGACUGGCAAUGCUAAAGGCUUACUCAAAUACGAAUAUCGAUUUUCGUUUCAAAACGCUCGAAGCGAACGGUUUGCUAUUUUUCAACGGUGGUCGACGAUCCGAUUUCAUUGCUGUUGAAUUAGUGAACGGUCAUAUUCAUUACAUUUUCGAUUUAGGAGAUGGACCGAUCACACUACGUGAUAAGUCACGCGUUCACAUGAACGAUAACCGAUGGCAUUCGGUUAGCAUUCGGCGUCCCGGUCCCAAAACGCACACAUUAGUCGUUGACGACACAAUCGAAGUAUACAAUGCGCCUGGUAACAACAUGCACAUGGAAUUAGAGGGAAUCCUAUAUGUCGGUGGAGUAUUUAAAGACAUGUACACUAAAUUGCCGGCGUCAGUUGCAUCACGAAAUGGAUUUGAGGGAUGUUUAGCGUCUGUAGAUUUGGCAGAUGUUUCACCCAGUCUCACUGACGAUGCUGUAGUUCCCAGUUCGUUGGUAAUCAGCGGAUGUGAAGGGCCUACAAAAUGUAGUCAGAAUGCUUGCGCUAAUCGUGGCGUCUGUGUUCAACAGUGGAAUGCAUAUGCUUGCGAAUGCGAUAUGACAUCUUACACCGGGCCUACGUGCUACGAUGAAUCCGUGGCAUACGAAUUUGGCGCUAACAAGGGAAUGAUUCAAUACACGUUUCCGGCGGGAAAGCAGCCGGAUACUGAGGAAGAUGCAAUUGCUCUUGGAUUUAUAACAACUAAACCGGACGCAGUGCUAUUGAGAAUCGAGAGUUCAACAACGCAGGACUACAUGGAACUAGAAAUUGUGGAAGGAAACAUCUUUAUGGUUUAUAACAUCGGCUCAAAUGAUUUACCACUUGGUGAAAUCGGUACUAAAGUCAACGAUAAUACCUAUCACGUUGUUCGGUUUCAAAGAUUCGGAGGCAAUGCAACUCUUCAACUGGAUGAUUACAAUGUCCAGACUGUGCACCCUCAAGGUCAUCAAUCUACCGUCUUCAAUUCGAUGGCAAACAUACAAGUUGGUGGAAAAUUAGCAAGGAAUGGUCGGUUUCGCAUUGAGCGCCCGUUUACCGGCGUGAUAGCUGGUCUAACCGUAAAUCGAUUGCGAAUGCUUGACUUGGCAGCUGAACGCGAUCCACACGUAACGACACGAGGAGAUGUGCAAUUGGUAACUGGAGUUUUAGAUAGAAAUGAUCUUCAAAGAAUGCAGCAGACUCCCGCAUCUGGAUAUUCAGGUGUUAUGGAUGAUUUGAUAUUUUCGGGUGCUGGAAGUGGUUGCCGUGGCGAUGAUGAGGACGAAUGUACUCCACCGUUUGAAUCGGGCAGUGGCGAUGAUUUGAUAACUCCGGUGUAUGUUCCGCCAACAAAGCAACCAACUACACCACAAAAAGGAGACAAAGAGACUGGCGGCACCGAGAGAACAUGCGAUGACGAAGAUUGUGUGCACGGAUCGGGCGAUUCAGGCGAUGUCACUGAAACGUUUACUUCCACAACUUCCAAAGGAGGAGAUCCUACAGAUCACAGUUCUUCCACAAUAACUGAAACGGCAAAACGCACAGACGGCACAUCAACCGAACAAGAAACAGCAGGCACAACAAUUGAUUUUAGUACAACAAGCAUCGGCACAUCAUCAUCCUCCGGUACUAGUUCGAGUCGCACAACGCCCGCAAUCACCACGACCAAUUCUGGCACCACAUGGUCAUCCACCACACAGCAACAGCAAAACUUUGAGACAACUGUUCCGGACCGAGAAACCGUAUACCCACACUAUCCAACAACACCCGAACAGGAACGGACACAUCCGCCGUACGUCGAAACUGAUCCACCAAUACCUGAACCAGAACCACCAUAUCAUCCACCGCCACCCUAUACACCAACGUACACACCAACACGGCCGAAAAACAAAAACAAUCGGGUGAGCAGCGAAGCUGAAGAAAGAACUGCAAUGAUCAUUGGAAUUGUGGCGGGUGCACUCAUUGCGGUAAUAUUGGUAAUAUUUCUGUUACUGUGGCUGAAAUCGAAUGGCGAUCGUACGUAUAAAAACGAACACGACAAAGUGGGUGGCUACGGGCAAGGUCCCAAUGCAGCGUUACUGGGUAGCAAUACAGGGACAAACAGUUCCCAUCACCACCAUCAUCAUCAGCAAACGAACGGUGCGACUGUGCCGUUGAACGGUUCGUUGCGGAACGGAAACGGUGAUAAGGCACAGAUGAAUGUCAGUGGCGGUUUACAGUUACAAAAGCCGAAGAAACGUGACUCAAAAGAUAUUAAAGAGUGGUAUGUGUAAAACGUGUAUAUAAAAAUUGAAAAUUUAGUAAAAACAAAAAUAAUGGAGAAAGAAGUUAAAAGAAUAGAAAUGAUAUUGAUUGCUUAACAAAUAGGAAUUAAAUUGAUUUUUAAUUUAUAAAAAAAAAAUCUUUCCAAAAUGGAAGAAAGUAAAGAAAUUAAUUGUUGUGGCUUGAUAAAUUAAUUAAAUAAAAAAAGAAACUUUAAUUAACUGUGCAAAAAGGACAAACUCAUCUUAGUUGAGGAAAAAAAAAAAUAUUUCCCGUAAAAGAUAAUUAUAAUUGAAAGCAAAAACAUUUUUUUUUUAAAUUUUAAGCGGAUUUAUCACAAGAAAUUAAAUUUUAAAUUCAUUAUAAGUGGUGCUGUAUCUUGUAUGUAAUGUAAAUUUUGUUAAUAAAAUAAAAAGAAAUAAUAAAUGACACGAGGGAAAAAUGUUACGUCGAAGAAAGACACAAAAAUUAUUAAGGUACUGGGUAAGUAAACACGACUGUAUAAAUUAUCAAAACACACACACACAUACACUAAACGUUUUGACGUAUAUUUAUAUGAAUGUGGAAUCAAUAACCAUGUUUUGUUUUUCUUCUAUUUCUAU